AUGAGAAAGAAGACUGUGCUGCAGGAGACAAAACUAGAGCUCUUGGAGCAAGUGGCCGAGUUUGAGAAGACAGAGGUUACAACAACGAACAAGAAGACAAGCCAAGAUGCCAGCAAGCCCAAGCUGGCCCCAUUGAAUGAGGGGGGCGUAUCUGAACUGCUUAACAAGGAGAUUGCCAGACUACAGGAAGAAAAUGACAAAUUGAAAACGAGGCUCAAGACUCUGGAAUCACAGGCCACCAAUGCUUUGGAUGAGAAGUGCAAGGUGAAGCAGGCUCUGAAGGACCUCCAGAGUGUCCAGACUGACCAGGAGUCUUCCCGGCAAUCUCAGGAGAUCACAAACCUGCAGGACACAGUAGCAGUGCUGAAGGAGGACUUCCAGAAGAGCAUGAAUGCCACCAGCACAUCUCAGAAGGACCUGCAGGACACCCUGGUAGCUGCCAAACAUGACCUGCUGCGUGUGCAGGAACAGCUGGCCUUAGCUGAGAAGGAAUUGGAGAAGAAGUUCCAACAGACGGCUGCGUAUCGCAACAUGAAGGAGAUCCUGGCUAAGAAGAAUGAACAGAUCAAAGAGAUCAGGAAGAAGUUACAGAAAUAUGAGUCUGAGUGAAGAGGGGCAGUGGGGACAGUGAAAGACCAGACGGACCAUAAGAAGAGAGGAAUCUGCCAUUGAGGACAGAAGGACCUAGUCAAAGUUGGAAUUGGUAUCCUGUGUAAGGGAAGUUGCCCAUCAACAGUCAUGUGAUUUCAUGUAUCACCGUGGACACACAAUAACCUUAUAACCGCCAGUGCAGCUUAUAGAUUGGAAUGUUCUCUGUCUGUACCAAUGUGGGAUAUUGUGGUUGGAAAGUUCACACAAGUUCUUUGAUUUGGAGUAGUGGAGAAAUGUUUCCUUUUAAAGGUUGGUUUAGAUAUGUGAGUGUGUGUAUGUGUUUCUGGUUAUGGCUAUGUCCAGUCAUUAAAUAAGCUGUGAAUGAGGAGCUUAUGUAAAGUCUGCCUGAUCCGUCCACUUCGGCCUAAAUUAUUUUAUAAAUGAUAAUGUUUUUGACAUUAUAAUGUACUGUAGCUACUAAAGCCUAUUUUUAUUAUUAUCAGUGACUGCACAGUACCAUGAUGGCAAACUGCUGUACCUUUAUGUAAGGCUGUGUGUGUCCUCAGCUGCGUGUGUUACAUGCAUUGCCAGUGUUACUUAAAGAUAACUUGUACAUACAGUUAUGUGGGGAGGUUCACUACAUAACAUGAUCAGUGUUGAACAUGUCUACAGUUUUCAGGCCAAUAAAUUGUGUCAAAUUAUGGAUUUUA